AUUGGAAAAUUCUUUAAGGGGAAAUUCGAGUGGAAAAGAAAAUAUACACACUCACAGAAUGGAAAAUUUGAGUUUAGAAAAUUCCUAACAUCAUUCUAACGUAAACUUAGAGAGAGGACAGACAUGAAAAAAUACAUAUUCUGUAUUGUUGCUAAUUUUUUAGCAAUCGUUGUUGCAAACGAAUAUAUGUACCCCGAAUACGAAUACAAUGUCAACGAAGAAGCCUCAAUGAUGAUGAUGGGCAAAAAUAUGUAUAAACAAAUGGGACCACCAGGCCCACCAGGGCCACCGGGUCCACAGGGUCAAGAAGGUCCUCAAGGUAUGAAAGGGCCUGAUGGUGAGGAGGGUCCUGUUGGCCUUCCCGGACGUACUGGUCCACCUGGACAUGUUGGGCCUAAAGGUGAAGAUGGACCAAGGGGACCUCAAGGUUCUCGAGGAAAACGUGGUCCACCUGGAUUUGAAGGCCAAGUAGGCAUGGAUGGUGAAGAAGGACCUGAGGGGCCUGAAGGACCUCCUGGUCCACCCGGAGAAGAUGAUGAAGAACCCCCUUCACUUUAAAUUGAAUAAAAUGCCCAAUAAAAGAA